AGUAUAGUAAUAGACUAUCUUAGCCUGCUAGAUUUUAUUAAUUAUAAGCAUAUUAGUAGGCUUAGCAUUUAUAGUAGUAGUUCCUAUAUUAUUAGUGCUGCAAAGAUUAAUCUAUAUAUAAAAGCUAUUAUAACCUUAAGCAUAUAUAAUAUAGGUUCUGCCUUUUAUAAUAGCAUAAAUAAUUUAAAGAGUACUAAAUAG